UUACAAACUAAUUUAUUAAGUAUUUACAUAAGCAACGUUUAUAAAAAGAGCGUGAGGGUUGUUUUACAUUCUUAUAAGAAAGGUUCAAAAAUAUCUAACAAAUUAUGGUUACUAGUUCAAGGAAUAUCAAAAUUAAUGAGCGCGAGGAAAUUAAAAUUGAUGUUCCUUGGGGUCAUUUAUCAGGCAUAUGGUAUGGAUCGAAGCUUAACAAGCCGCUACUGGCAUUGCAUGGAUGGCAGGACAACGCUUCUACAUUUGAUACUCUAACUCCUUUACUGCCAUCAAAUGUUAGUGUUUUGGCUAUAGAAUUUCCAGGACAUGGUUUUUCAUCUCCAAUACCAGCCGGAAUGUGUUAUCGCUCAGUUGAUUUUAUAUUUACUAUAAAAUUUGUGAUGAAUGCCUAUAAAUGGAAAACUAUAGCUUUGAUUGGACAUUCCCUUGGUUCGCAAGUUGCAUUCUAUUUCGCAGCACUUUUUCCUGAAAAAGUUGAAUUUUUAAUUCUAUUAGAUGCUUUUCAAACCAAGUUAAACCUAAUUAAUAAUUCGAUUGAUAUAAUGAGAUUUCAAGCCGAGAAGUUCUGGACAUUAUACUUGAAAAAUGAUUCUCAUAAGGAGCCGCCAAGUUACACUUAUGAAGAAUGUGUUGAUAAAUUACAUGAAGGAACUUAUAAAUCGGUUACUAAAGAUUGUGCAAAAUACCUUUUAAACAGAAACUUAAAAAAGUCUGAGCUAUUUCCAAAUAAAUAUUAUUUUAUCAGAGACGGACGCUUAAAAUAUAAUGAAAUGUUUAACUAUUCAGAAGAUGUUGGAAAAGAAAUGGCACGAAGAAUAACAUCACCAUUUCUGUUACUUAAAGCGCAUGAUGAAGGCACAAGUUACCAUGAAGAAAAAAAAUUUAUAUAUGGUGCUGUUGAAUUAUUGCGAAAAUCUAAUUCAGAUUUUUCAUUUAAUAUAGUUUCCGGAACGCAUCACGUGCAUUUGUGUGAACCUGAAAAGGUUGCUAAAAUUGUUAAUCCCUUUUUAGAUAAAUAUUACUCGCGUUAUAGCCAAUGGAUUAAAAAUAAAUUAUGAAUGUAUCUUGUAAAAAAAAGUGUACUUAGUAUUUUUUGAGGAAUUAUUAAAGAUUUUAAAUCA